AUGCCUCCAGUCGUCAUUGAGUCUGUUGACGCUCUUGUGGUCGGUGCCGGCUUCGGCGGUAUUUACCAGCUCUACUCUCUGCAGAAACUAGGUCUUAAUGUCAAAGCUAUAGAAAGAGCUGAAGGUGUCGGCGGUGUAUGGUACUGGAAUAACUACCCAGGGGCGAUGAGCGACACGGAGAGUUUUCUAUACCGCUACUCGUGGGAUAAGGAGGACCUGCAGACCUACCCAUGGCCAAACAACUACUUGACCCGAGACGAGAUCGUUACCUAUCUUAACCAUAUCGUCGACAAAUACAGUCUGCGCGACAAGUUCAAGUUCAAGACGGAGCUGCUGUCCGCGACAUGGGAUGAGUCGAAACGCAAAUGGCAUAUUCAUACAACUUGCGGUGAUUUCAUUGCAAAAUACCUGUUUACUGCCGUCGGGAUCCAGAGCACCAUGAACAUUCCCAGCUUCCCGGGCUUGGAGGACUUCCAGGGCCCCGUUAUGCACACUGCAGCGUGGGAUCACAGUGUUGAUGUCAGCGGUAGAUGCGUGGGAGUUAUCGGCUGCGGAUCAAGCGGCAUUCAGAUCAGCGACGCAAUUGCACCCAAAGUUGCAGAAUUGCACUGCUUCAUCCGCCAUGCGCAAUUCAGUGUGCCCCUGCGGCUACAGCCCGUCACGGCGGCUCGGCGCUCUCAGAUCAACUCUGGCUACGACGACAUUUGGAACGCGCAGCUGAACUCGGUAACGGCAUUUGGAUUUGAAGAGCCGACAACGGAGGCCAUGAGUCUAACUCCCGAAGAACGUGAGCAGGUCUUCGAGAGACUCUGGCGCCAGGGCAACGGCUUUCGCUUCAUGUACGGUGGGUUUGGAGACCUCUGCUCAAACGCCGUGGCAAAUGAGGAGGCAUGCAAGUUCCUGCGCGCAAAGAUUGAAUCUAUCGUCAAGGACCCUUCCAAGGCUGACGUCCUCACCCCAAGUGAGCUGUUCGCACGUCGCCCACCCUGCGAUCGGGGGUUUUACGAGAAAUUCAACCAGAGUAACGUCUUUGCCGUUGACAUUUUGAAAACACCUAUUGUGGCGAUCGAGCGAAACGGUGUCAGGACAAGCGACGGGAAGCUACAUGAGCUCGAUAUAUUAGUGCUCGCUACGGGCUUCAAGAGCGCCGACGGCAGCUAUACGACCGUCAAGGGGGGGGUUCCGCGGGCGAGGCGAACAUACGCCAGCAUGUUCCUCUCAUCUUUCCCGAAUCUCUUCAUGAUUACUGGCCCACAGGGCCCCUUUAGCAAUGCGCCGACGCUGAUCGAGGCACAAGUGGACUUUCUGACGGGGAUGCUCAGGGAUCUGCAUGGGCUGAAAGGCGACAGUUGCAUCGUUGAGUGUACGGAAGAAGCCGAAGCCGAGUGGGUGGACGUCUGUGAUCAGCUAGCUGCUUCUAAAACAUUGUUUGAUAGGGUCGACUCUUGGAUCACAGGAAAGAAUAUCCCCGGGGCAAGGCCUUCAGUCAAGUUCUAUUAUGGUGGAUUAAAGGCAUUUCGUGACUUCCUGGAUGCUACGAGGGCCAAAGACUACUGUGGACUGGUGGUAUCCUAG